UCCGGCUCCCGCCCAUCCGGGCCAGCGCGGCGGGGCCGGGACGGGCACCAUGGCCGCGCCGGGGGCGGCGGGCGGCGGCAGGAGCGGUGCCCCCGCCGCGGAAUGGGGCGGCUUCGAGGACAACAUGCAGGGUGGCGGCUCUGCCGUCAUCGACAUGGAGAAUAUGGACGACACGUCGGGCUCCAGCUUCGAGGACAUGGGGGAGAUGCACCAGCGCAUGAAGGAGGAGGAGGAGGAGGAGGAGGCGGAGGGCGAGGCGGGCGCCGGCGAGGAAGAGGACGGGGAGUUCCUGGGCAUGAAGGGGCUGCGGGGGCAGCUGGGCCGGCAGGUCGCUGACCAGAUGUGGCAGGUGGGGAAGAGACAAGCCUCCAGGGCCUUCAGCCUCUACGCCAACAUCGACAUCCUCCGGCCCUACUUCGAUGUGGAGCCCGUCCAAGUGCGAGCCAGACUGCUGGAGUCCAUGAUUCCUGUGAAGAUGAUUAAUUUCCCACAGAAGAUUGCAGGCGAGCUGUACGGACCCCUCAUGCUGGUUUUCACACUGGUGGCCAUUCUUUUGCAUGGAAUGAAGACCUCGGACACCAUCAUUAGGGAAGGCACGCUGAUGGGCACAGCCAUUGGCACCUGCUUCGGUUACUGGCUGGGCGUCUCAUCCUUCAUGUAUUUCCUGGCAUAUCUGUGCAAUGCCCAAAUCACCAUGGUGCAGAUGCUGUCACUGCUGGGCUAUGGUCUUUUUGGACACUGCAUCACUCUCUUUGUCACCUAUAACAUCCACUUCCACUCCCUCUUCUACAUCUUCUGGUUGGUUGUUGGUGGACUCUCUACACUACGAAUGGUUGCCGUGUUGGUGUCACGCACCGUGGGACAUACCCAGCGGCUCAUCCUGUGUGGGACUCUUGCUGCUCUGCAUAUGCUUUUCCUCCUCUAUCUGCACUUUGCUUAUCACAAGGUGGUAGAAGGUAUCCUGGACACAUUGGAAGGACCCAACGUGCCGCCCUUUCAGAGAGUUGCCCGAGACAUUCCAGUUGUUUCCAAUGCUGUACUGAACACAACAGCCAAAGCCAUUGCAUUGACCCUCUAGUUUUACAGACUUGGACUUGCUUCCUUCACUACUUUUGGGGCUGCAUAGGGCCACAGUAACCUGCUGCCUGUUAGGAGCAGGACAGAACAGCAAGAAGACAACUUGGUUUUGUUUUCCUGGACCUGUCCUCUGCGUUACGGUUUUGGGCAGCUGAGUGGACUCAGCAGAGGUGAGUCACACCUCAGUGACUCUGGAGAGCUGUACUCUUCCCCCAUCCAGGUGUGGGCUAUCUUGAGUAGAGUGGUUCUGUUGCCUGCAUGUUUAGCUGGGAUUUCCCAGCACAGUUUGUUCCUUAGCCCUCUUUCCGCUUGCUGAUGUAACUCCAGGAGUAUCUGCCCUGUUCCUGUCCUGAAGAGGGAAGAAUUAAAUUGAUGUUGGUGCUGA